ACAGAGCAGCUGAAACGCUCGCACGCAGCGGCUCCGCGCCUCGGACGCGCCAUGCAUUCUGUCGGGAAGUCGUGGCUGCUGCUCGCCGGCUUCGUGCUCUUCUACGUCAUCUACCUGCUGUUCGGAGCGCUCGUGUUCUCCAGCAUCGAGCGGCCGCUGGAGGACAAGCUGCGGCGGGACAUGGACGCGCUGAAAGACGACUUCCUGAACCAGAGCUGCGUCAGCGCCGCGUCCCUGGAGCGCUUCCUGAGCCAAGUGCUGUCGGCCAACAAGUUCGGCGUGUCCGUCCUCAGGAACUCGUCGGGGAGGUCCAACUGGGACCUGGCGUCCUCCAUGUUCUUCGCCAACACUCUGGUCACCACAGUGGGGUACGGUCACCCCGCUCCUCUGUCCGACGCUGGGAAAGCCUUCUCCAUCAUCUACGCCCUGAUCGGCGUUCCCUUCACCAUGCUGGUGCUGACGGCCUGCGUGCAGCGGGUCAUGCACCCCCUGGUCCUGACUCCCAUCUGCCUCCUGCAGCGCUCGGGCAUGAAGCCUCGGCCCGCCACCGUGCUGCACUUCCUGCUGCUGCUGGUUCUGGUGGUGCUCUGCUUCUUCUUGGUGCCGGCAGCCGUGUUCAGCGUGGUGGAGGUGUCCUGGACGUUCUUGGACGGCAUCUACUUCUGUUUCAUCUCCCUGUGCACCAUCGGACUGGGGGACUUUGUUCCUGCAUCUCAGCCGGGUCAGAAGUACCGAGCUCUGUAUCAGGUCGCUGUGAUGGCCUACCUGUUCACCGGUCUGAUGAUGAUGUACCUCCUGCUGCGCUCCUUCCACAAGAUGGCCGACCUGCACGGCCUGACCACCUUCCUGCAGCUGCCGCGCUGCGAGGACUCCGUGCUGGAGGAUGACCGGGAGACCAUCAUGGACGCUGACCCGACACCUCCUCCGUACCCGAAUGACAAGGACGCCAGCAAACCCCUGGACCCGGGCUCCUUCCCGUCGUACAACUCCAUCAGCAGAAGCUGAGCUGGAGGAAAAGCCGAACGUUCUACCUCUGGUGGUCCCUCAGUCUGUAAGGAGGGAUCGAACCCCAGGAUCCGUGGGCUGAAUCUGAACUUCCCACCCUUUUAAUUCCAUAAAACAUCCUGGGAAGAGGAUGUGAUGUAAUACGAGACGUUUCCAGAUUCGGGCUUUACCUCUUCAUCCCCGGUGCAACCGUAGUUUACAGCCUCACGGCUCCAAGAAACCGCUAGAAAAACUGGACUUCUUUUCCUAUUUCACUUUGGUCUCGGCUUGGACUUUUGCACCACAAGUUUUGGUUUCUAAGACUUAACGAGUGUUUUUAGCUGAAAUAAUUUUAUGUGUGUUCGUGUCCAUCGCAGGCCGUCGAAAAGCAAGUGAAGCGCUCCUAAACACGACCGGACGACUUUAAUAAAAUGAUGUGAAUUGUAAACUCAGAGGUCAAACAGCUGUGCUCUUCAUUCAGUCAGACUUCCUGUGUGAAAGAAUAAAACAGCUCCUUGUUGUGGUGCUGCCCCCUGGUGUCCAAAUGAAAAGGAUCAAAAUGACAAUAAAGUUGAAGGGUUUAUCUUAAUUUAGUAAAAAACAGCCUGCGUGGGGUCAGAAAAACACUCGAAAUGCACUUUACCAGUAAAAUAAUACUUUAAUUCUUAGAUCUCGCCAAAUGAGUAAUUUGACAUCUGUGCCGUUUAUAUUUGUAACUAUAAUUUAACAUGUACCUGACAAUCUUGUAUAUUAUUAAUAAAGUUGUUUCUCUUGUUAAUUUUGUUCUUUAAUGUUUUACAGACGUGUGCACGGAGAAAGUGGCCCAACUUUUUUUGUUUUU